AUGAUGGAUCUUCAGCACCAAUCCCAUUUCUCGGCCUUUACCCGCUUCUCCGACAUGCUCAAAGACACAACAAACCGGCGCAAACAAAGCGCCUCAGGCCACUCCAUCCGCAACCCCUCCAUCACAGCACUCCCCAUAGACGUAGACGCCUCAUCAAUGCGCUCCUGGGACUCUGAACUCUCGCGAGACAGCCGCCGAAGUAGCAUAGGCAACUACGCAGACCGCGUCCGCCAAAUGUUCACCACCACAACAUCCCCACCCCACGGCAACGGACAAGGAAAGGCCAUAACGGACCUCCCCGCCGAAGUCCUCCAGCACAUAUUCAUCCACCUCGAUUUCUGGGACCUGCUCCGUGCCCAGCGCGCCUGCAACGUGUGGCGGCAACUCAUCCCCGGCGACUCCCCCUUGUUGGCAGAAAUGCUCUACUUGAAACCAUCCCGUGGGUUACAAAUCUAUAGCAUGGUUCCUACCACUUUUGACUUUGAACUCGAUGUCACGCCGCAGAGUAUAGAGGAUGGCUUCCAACCUUCUGGAACGCGCUUUUCCGUCGGCGUGCGCAAUGAGAUUAGUUUGAUGAGGCGGUGUUUGGGGCUUAUACGGACGAGUCAGGAGAUUGUUUUUCAUCCGGUGGUCAUGGACUUUAAUGUUUGGAUUAAGAGUACGAGGGUUAUGGGGUGCAAGGAGGGGUCGUGGAGGGAUAUGUUGGUUUCUAUGCCGCCAUUGAGAGAACUCACGUUGAGGCAUGGCCGGAAGAGGAGUGUGGUCAAGGUGUUAACUGCGGGAGAGGAUGAGGAUGGUGUUAGAUUAGGUGCGCUUUUUGAUGCCAUGGACGAGUGGAUGCGGAUGAUAUAG